AUGGCAACCGAGGAGGAUAUCGCGUGGUUCAAGUCCACUUUCCGCCCAAUCCCCAAGCCAGAGUUGCCCGACGACUCGGUCCAGUACUUCGUUUAUCACCUCCCCUCCCCCGCCCCCGCCGUUAUCGAUGAUGCUGCCGAGACUAGGGCACGAUUGCUCGAGGUCCAGCGCACCGCGUCUGAUUUGACCAAGGAACUGCUCAAGGAUUAUAUCUGGCAGCGGGAAAGCUUUCGACUGGAGAUUCAAAAGGAUGAUGGCAUAACAUCACUUCAUGGUCGCACCAACUAUGGAGACUCCAUUGAAGAUGAAUGGGUCAUUGUAUACAUCCUUCGCGAAUUGAGCAAACGCCAUCCAGAUAUUUGGAUCAAGGUCGCAGAUAGUGACGGGGAAUUCCUGCUCAUUGAGGCCGCGGGGACACUUCCUUCCUGGCUCGAGCCGGAGGUGGCGGACAAUAGGGUUUGGAUCCAUCAAGGAGACCUCAGAAUCAUCAAGCCCAAACAGGAGACAACCAGAAAGGUCACUGAGAAAUUGUCUUUCUCAGAGGCUAGAAAGAUCAUCCAAGGAGAACCCUCGCGCUUUAUGAAAUCCCCCAUGAUACAAGAGGAGGCGUUUUAUCGACUGCGCAACUACCCCAAACAAAUCGCCGAUAACCUUCACUCUGCAAUCGUGACCAUCCCCCGCAAGGUAGCAUACCUUUUGCACCAGAAAUCGGCAUACAUAUCACCAGCGGUGGAAGCGUUUUACAUUCGGGAUCCUAUUGCCCUUCAACCACUCCGUGCGAAGGACGCCUCUGAUCUUACCUUCAAGCCAGAUGACCUGGUGACCGUGAGCGUUCGAUUUACGCGAGUCGGAUUUGCACAGCUGAAAAGUCAGGAAUUUCCGGCCCCGAACACUUGGGCGGGUAAAUUGCCCGGGACGGAAAACGAGAAAGCAUAUGCUCGAGCCGAAGCUGGAAUGAAGCUCGCUUGUGGGUUCGAAAUGCUACUCUACGAUCCACAUCAUCAGGACAAAGCCGCUGUUCGCGAAAUGAAACUGUUGUUGGAGGAUAUUGAGACCGGUGAUGAGACUCUUCCCACUGAUGGUGAAAUCGAAAAAUCCUGGGACAAGCGAGAAGACGAUGAGAAGUGGAUGGACAUAAACUUUGAAGAUCUGGACAGGGAAUUAAAGGGAAAAGGAAAGGGUGACACGGCAGAAGGCGGCAACUUCGGCGAUGCAGGAGCUCAGGAAAACCUUCAACGGAUAGUGGCCCGGUUUGAAGAGUUCUUGAAUGAUAACUCAGCCGGUUUCGAUGGAGCUGACUUCAUCGAUGAUUUUGACUCGGACUCCGACGUCGAUGAUGACUAUGAGGAACUGAGUGACGAGGAGGAAGACAAGGAGGCUUCGUUCAACGAAGAGGAAUUUGCUAAAAUGAUGAAGGAGAUGAUGGGAAUGCCUUCCGGGUCCGGUCAGGGACCAUCCCUCGAAACACCACUACGAAACCGAAUUAAAGACCUGGAUACAGAUGAGGAGGAUGACACGGAACAGAUCCAUGAGCUAUCUCGACAGAUGGAGGCCGAGCUCAAAGGGACCGGAGUUCUUGACCUCAACCGGAAACAGCAGAAAUUGACGGCUGGGGCCUCAUCUAAAAACCAAACCGGUGAAUCAUCUAAUGCCAAUGCGGAGGAAGAUGAAGACGACAAUGUCAACAUCAAUCUGGCCAAGAAUUUGUUGGAAGCUCUACAGGGACAAGCCGGAACGGCGGGACCCGCCGGCAACAUGCUGUCUAUGAUGAACCUGCGUAUGCCCAAGGAUGACCGGCAAUGA